AUGCGGGCUCUCACUGGGAUCCUCGUGCUCCUCGCGGCCGUUGCGGUGUGCGCAGCGAUCCGGUCGGAGGGCAUUGGCGCUACCUUUGCUGAACCAACGCCGCUCAAGUUCCGGCCGUCCCGCUUCGUGAACCCGAACGCUCGCAUCAAGGAGAUCCCGAGCAGCUACCAGGAGGUCAUCAAAACCGCGCGCUCGCACGAGGUGGUGGGCGCCGACGACCUCCCGGACACCUGGGACUGGCGCGACGUCAACGGGCUGAACUUCCUCACGCCCGUGCGCAACCAGCACAUCCCCACGUACUGCGGCAGCUGCUUCGCCCACGGCUCCACCAGCGCGCUCUCCGACCGCUGGGCCAUCAUCCAGAACGAGAGCCGGCCGGGCCGCCUGCUGUCCGUCCAGAACGUGCUCGACUGCGGCGACGCCGGGUCCUGCACCGAGGGCGGCGAGGACUACCUGGUGUACGACUACGCGCUCAAGCUGGGGAUCCCGGACGAGACGUGCAGUCCGUACCUCGCGCGCGACCACACCUGCCACGAGAGCAAGCAGUGCAAGAACUGCGACCACAGCCGGUGCUGGGCGGUGCGCGACUACGAGCGCCUGGUGGUCUCCGAGCACGGCGAGUGCUCCGGGUACGACAAAAUGAAGGCCGAGAUCUUCCGCCGCGGGCCGAUCAGCUGCGGCGUCAGCGCCACGGACGGCCUCGACGACUACAAGGGGGGGGUCUACCGCGAGGAACACGACCCGGAGGACAUCCACAUCAACCACAUCGUGUCGGUGGUCGGCUGGGGCAUUGACGAGGACUCUGGCGACGAGUACUGGAUCAUCCGCAACAGCUGGGGCACGUACUGGGGCGAGAGGGGGUUCGGGAAGCUCCCAACCAGCAAGGCCAUGGACGGCGAGGGCAACAGCUACAACCUCUUGAUUGAGAAGCAGUGCAUGUUCGGGGUCGUCGAGGGCUGGAAGACGGCCGCGGAGAUGGGCCUCUAG